AUAUCUCCGCAGUAAACCGAAAUUUAUUUUUGUUUAGUAAAUAUAAUAGUAUAAAUAAUGUAAGGUGUAUACACCAUUUAUGUUUGAUAUGUAUCGUAAUGUUAUAGUUGUAUCUAAUUUGUAAUAACGAAAUUUUACGCUAAGUGAUAGGCAUAAGAAAAAGUAAUAAUGAGUAUUUGAUUGAAAUGAAUCCUGAUAAAACUUAGAAAGCAAUCACUAUCACAUUAUUAUUAUUUUCCACUAAACCUAGUGUCUUGAGUAAAAAUUCAAUAUGAAAGAAAUGCUUGGUGGAUGCAGCGUAUGUUGUGAUGAUACGGGAUGGACUGAAAACCCCUUGGUGUAUUGUGAUGGGCCUAAUUGUAACGUUGCUGUACAUCAAGCUUGUUAUGGAAUUCGGAUUGUACCAAAAGGAGAAUGGUUUUGCAGGAAAUGUGAAGCGUUUAAAGAAAAAUCUAUUAAAGUGAAAUGUGAACUGUGUCCAUCUAAAGAUGGUGCUCUAAAACCUACUGAAAAUGGGAACUGGGCUCAUGUUGUAUGCGCAUUGUAUAUACCAGAAGUUACAUUUAUGGAUGUUACUACUAUGGAACCAGUAAAAUUGAGUGCAAUACCCCGAGACCGCUUUAACAGAUUGUGUUAUAUAUGCGAAGAAAAAAAUAAAGGACAAAAAGUAACAGUAUCUGGUGCAUGCAUGUCAUGUAACAAAUCUGGGUGCAAAUUAGGAUUUCAUGUGACAUGUGCUCAAAGUGCUGGGUUACUGUGUGAAGAAGCUGGAAAUUAUUAUGAUAAUGUUAAAUACGUUGGUUAUUGUAAACAUCAUUAUUCCAAGUUGAAAAGCAAUAAUAUCAAACCUAUUGCUCCUUACCGGCCUCAAAAUCAAUCAGACAACUCUUCAUCAGAUAUUACACCUGAAAAACAGUCACCUCAAAAUAUUGAUAAUAUUACAGAUUAUCAAACUUCAAAACCAAAACGAAAGUUGACCAUCAUCAACAAUUUUGGUGAUAAAAUUGCUAGUGAGAAAAAAGUGAAGGACUCGACCAUUCGGAACGCUCAAAGUGAAGAUCUUAGAGUGUCGGGACCGCAUAUUGUAACUACUCAUCCAUCUGGAAAUUUAGUUAUUUCAAUUGGAACAAAGGUGGAAAAUAAACCAGCAAGUAAGAAAAAUUACUCUGAAGAUCCUGAGACUGAAAAUAAACAUUCAGCUAAGUAUCAGAAAACAAAGAAUGCAAUGAAUAUUCCAAAGUCUGAGGAAGAUCAAAGCUCUAAUGGCUUAAAAGUCACUGAAGAACCAAACUUGUAUCGAGUUGAAAAUAAAAGUACAAUUAUAAAAUCAAGUGGAUCAGCAGUAAAUUUGACCCAAAUUCCAGAAUCAAGUACAUUAAAAAAAGAAACCAGCGUAAUUAAUUCUCCUUCUUCACAUAGCAGACAAGUUACUAAAACAGAAGCAACCGAAAAAAAAAUCACCAAUGCUGCUGCUCCUCAUAUGUUGGGAAAUUCGUUGAAUCCAUCAUCAAGUAUGGCACAGAAAAUGGCAGAUACUUUAAAUGAGGAAAUAGAAACACAUAAAAUGUUUAAUAAUGAAUCAAAUUUAUCUUCUAACGUACCUAAGAAUGUCAUGUUGGGCCCUCAGUUGCAGCGUCGAAAUCAAAGGACAUCUCAAAUUGUUCCUCAAGAAACAUCACAACCCCAAGGGUCAGCUUCAUCAUGGUCAUCGUUUUCAAAUGGUAUUAAUAAUAAUAGCCCUCAAGCUUUAGAAGAUUUGCUUGAAAGGCAGUGGGAACAAGGUGGAGCAUUUUUAAUGGAACAAGCGCAGCAUUUUGAUAUUGCAUCAUUAUUAACAUGCUUAUAUCAAUUGAAGAGUGAAAAUGUUAAUUUGGAAGAUGAACUAGCUAGUUAUACAAGGCGCCGUGAUCACUUAUUAGCCGUUAAUGCACGUCUUGCAAUUCCACUCACACCUCAAAAUAAUAGAAACCGUGCACCAGCCCCUCCUACUAAUAAUCAUACCGAAGCUCUGAUUCCUAUUCAACCACCAAGGUCAAACUAUCAGCCCAAUCAUGGAAACAUUGAUCCUUCAUUACAACAUAGAUAUCAGAACCACAUAUCUCAUAGACAUCCAGCUAAUCAUUUGUCAAAUAAUAUGCCCUCCCAUGUAGUCAUCCGUGGAGGUGUUGUUCAAGAGCCUAGGUCUGACAACAGAAGACAAGUCAACCAUAAUAUGGGAGUGUUAAACUCCAACCCAAUGUACCAAGCUGCUCCACAACAACCUUCUAACAUGGCUUUGCCUCGUCAUCAGAUGGGUAUGGAUGGUCAUCCAAAACAUAGUUGAGAACAAGUUAAUUGCUCGUGCACACAAUGUACUUCACUUCUAGCUGAUUAUGUUUGGAAACAUCUCACUUGAAAUUUAACUUAAUAUGUCCAUACUUUAAAAAAAUGUUCUUCUUAUUAUUCUUAAUGAAUGUUUAAAAAAAGGUUUUAAAGUUAAUUUUAAGAUUAACUGGGAUGGAUAUAUUUUUUUAUAUAAAUAGAAAAUGUCAAUUGUCAUCUUAAAUAUAUAUAUAAGAAAAAAUGAAAAUUUGAACUUAAACAUAAUGAUAUAUGUUAACAUAAUACAUAUACCUAGGUCUUGAAAUAUUUACUAUCAAUAUUAUCAAUUUGUAAUGUGGUUAAUUAGUUAAAUUUGUUUUAAAUUUUAAAUUUAGAGGCAUUUAAUAUCUAUAUUAAAUACUUAUGUACUAUACAGAUACUCUUGUCAAAUAAAUAAAAUGGUAUAUACUAUUAAUAAUAACUAUUUUAAAAUGGUCCUUCUUUUAAUUUUCACGGUAAGUUAAUAAAGUUAAAAUAUUUUUAGUUUCCUAUUUAAUCAAUUUUUUCAAUUAAAUUAAUAGUUUUGAUAUUUUAAAUCAAAUUUUCAUUUUUGUAUCUUGUUUUUAAAAUGUAUUCUUAUUUUUCAACGUAACUAAAUAAUAUAAUAAUUAAUUGUUAGCUAAAAUAUGAUGUUUCGUUUGUUGUUGUUUUUUAUUUGUGAUGUCGUGGUUGUAAUUAAAUUAUGGCAAUAAAAUUUUUAAAAAAAUAUGUAUUGCGUUGCGAUCUCUUUUUAUAUUUUUUGAUUAAAACUCGUAGAAACAUUACAAUUUUGCACUAAUAUUGUUUAUUUGUACUUUUCUUAAUAAUAUAAUGUAGAUAUUAUAUUAUUAUAUAAGAACCUAAAUCAUAAUUAAACUUUUCAUAUAUUUGUUAUAAUAGAUUAACUAAACUAAUGUUUUAACUACAAAAAUUAAAUACGAAAAAUUAAUAAUAGCAAUUUGACCGUGUUUGGUGUAUGAAUUUCAGAUGUGAAAUUAACUUUAAAAUAUACUUUACUUAGAUUUUACAUUCAUUAAAUUGUAAUGUAUUUUUAAAUUAAGAUGUUAUUAAAUGUAUGAGGAUUUUGAUUAUAUUUUACAUUUUUACAUCUAUAAUUAGUCACUACAAAAAUUUUUUUUAGUGUCCAUAAACCUAAUACUCUGAUUGGACAAAUGAUCCAAUAAAUUUAAGUUAAGUGUUAAGUAAUACUUCUGUGCUUAAUCUAGGUGUUAUAAUAUACUUUGCUGUACUUAGCCAUUUUUAAUGUACAUUUUAUGUUACAUUGUUUUUGUUAUAAUGUUAUACACCUAUUUAGAUGUUAAAGACAUUUUGAUUUUUUGUUUUGUUUAUUUUCUUUUCAUAUAAUAUAUAACUUAUCCAUUUGCUGUUUCACAAUCUAUUUCACUAACAAAUUAAUGUAAUCUUGUUUAUGGUGAUUAAAAAUAUUAUAAUAGUAUAAAAAUGGAAAUUAAAUCAACUGUGUAUUAUUAUAUUAUGUAAUUGCUUGUAAAACUAUUGUUAACUCAUUGUACCAUUAAGUUGAU